CCAUAAUAAAAGAACCAUCACAAGAAGCCCGGCAGUAAAGCUAUGAAUCUGAGCGCCGCGCAACACCUGGCAUCUAGUUACGUGCCGCAACCCAUUGCCGAUCCGGGAAUCUGAGCAUUCCAGCGAUUGGACCGUACGAUUGCCCAAAACGACGCGUCGCAUCGAUCGCCUCCAUUAUCUCAUCCGCCAAAGCUCUCAUCUCACUUCAAAUCUCAACAAGCACCGUCGCGCACAAUGUCCAAACGCAAACGCACCCAACCCACCCCUGAAGCAGAGCCUGUGGACCUCUCUGAAUCGCCCCAGUCACCAGGUCCCUCAAUCUUCAACACAACAUUCUCCAUCUACCGCGUCUCACCCCUCUACAUCGGCGCCAGUCCCCUGGACGCCUCUCGCCUGAAGAUCCUCAGCAAGCGUCUGCGCGAAACACUCGUCGGCGACGUGGUUCGCGGUGUUCACAUCGGACUCUCGGAGGAAAAUCUGAAUUCCCAUGUAGGCGCGCUGAAGGACGUCGUGUGGCGAUGGGUUGGCGCGAGAGGCUUGAUGAAGAGGCGGGGUGGACAUGCUGGGAGGGAGGGGAGCGCGGAGUUGGGUGCUUCUGACGGCGAUUCGGAUCGAGAUUCAGAUGAAGAGGGCGAGGACGAUGGUGUCAAGAAGGAAGCGCUUGUCAUUGAAUUGCGGUACGAAACAACGACGUGCACGGCUAUUCUACUUCCGAGGCUGGCGCCGACUGAGACGACGGGGCAGGGUCAGAAUCAGAAUCAGCAGUGGACUUCAUUUCCCACAACAGGAAUACGGCAAACUACAGCAAAUUUCCAGGCGAAUCCGGACUCAUUCACGCAUCUACCGCUCCUUCUACUCCGCAUGCCCGCGCCCCUCAAGUCCAUCAUCGCCGACUUCAUAAGCCGCACCUUCGACUGCCGCAUCAGCAGCCUGCGGCUGGGCACCCGGACGUUAGUUGCGUGUCUGGAGGACUACCUCAAACGGCUUUCACAAGCCUCGCAGUCUAAGAGCGGGAAAGAUGUCAACCUCACACUAGGGUUCGAUAUUGAGAAGACCAGCCGUUCCUCGCAAGCGGACGGAAAGAGGAAUGAAGAGGGCGGAGGAGCAGCAGCGACGGAGCCAGCGCUACAACCUGGGCUACGGACGAUGGACGUCUACAUCCCCGCCCCCGAAAUCCUCCGCUUCAUCCGGGCUCACUCUUCCAACUCCCGUUCCAAACCAGCGCGUCCUCCCCAAACCCAAACCUCCCACCCUCCACGCUCAAUUCCAGCAACCGAAGAAGGCUGGCACUGGCGCAACUCACCAGAAACCAGCACCAAGGACGCCCCGUUCACCGAGGCAGUAGCGCAGUACCUAGACCACCACCUGGCGCUGGACUUGUUCCACCCUUCGGUGCGCAUACUCCGCGUGGCGUGUGAUGGGUUUGUGGCCGGUGGGGGUAGGGUGAAGGUCUUUGAGCAGAUGGGAAAUGAAGUGGAUGCGGUUCGUGGGUUGCUUGGCAGGUUGGUGGAUAGGGCGAGUGGCGGGGGAUUUGCUUGAGGAGAAGCAGGAGUGUGAGGAACGAGGUGAGAGGGAGACGAUGUUUGCAUGGAGUUGCAGGGGAAUGGACUUGGUUGGCUUUUUGUGCCGUUCAUAGGGAUGAAUUUCGUCGAGCUGGUUAGGAUACAAUUCCGUCUCUCUCAACGUUUUGGCUUGGGCUUAUCCGGAGUUGGAGGGGUUGUGAAUAUUCGAGGUGGACAUGGGUGAGAUAAAUAUCUAGGCGUAUGUGAGGCGACAUGCGCAUGAUGGAAUAUAACUACGGGCGAAGAGUUACUCCCAACUGGAAUAGUACUCAUUUCGAAAGCUAUCACAUUCAAAAUCAAGGGCGAGCAAUGAAUAGAGCAAUGAUAUAUACC